AUAUGGAUUCUGUAUAAAUGGAAGUGUAUCCGUUGUAAGAAUGAGCAACCAUUAAGUGCUCCGAUGCAGAUAUCAAAUUAUUGGUAGGAGAAAAGAUGUAACAUAAAUUAUGUAGUAAAAAGAAGCAAGAAAUUGUUUAUGAAACUUGUUAUUUAACGCUCGUGAGGUUGAUUAUUAUUUUACUGAAAACUGCAAUUACGACAAGGUAGAAUAAAACCGAGAAACAAGAGCUGGAUGCUUUGUGAAGGACCUUAUGGGAACCUGAAUCGCUUCAUAAAUCAGUAGAACAAUAUUGGCAAUAUCUUUGGUCUACAUCAGUUCAGACAGAUCAAAAUCUAUUUUAACUGAGCCCAUUUCCGCAAAAUCAAAUUCGACAUAUUUUUCUUUUUGUUUUGAACCGACUUAAAAUUACUAUGUGGAACAUCAUAAAAACUAAUAUGAUGAUGACUGAAAAAAGAGCAUACAAUGUCUUUACUUUGCUGUUACUCAUUUCAGUUUCAUUUUACUUGGAACAUUUCUAACUACUGUAUGGGCGAUCUUAUGGACUUUUAACGAUAUGGAGCAUGCAAUUAUAUUGGAAUUGCAGAGUAGAACGUGAAGGUUGCCCUACGCCGCAAACCUUUCGCUUUACUUAACCGUAAUGCCAAAAUUGUAUUACGAUUGCGUAUUGGCCACUUACUAUGAAGUGUCAAAAUGAAGAUUACAUGAAUGAUCAUUAUGUUAAAGAUUUCCCAAGGUUGGCCUCUGCAAUCGACGUAAUGCAGCAUAGAAGAAUGAAUCGCUGAAGGCAGAAGCCAAAAGAUUAAUGGCGGUGAUGAACCAUUGCGGUCAUUAUGGGAUCGCAGUACCAAACUUAAAUGCCACCAUCUGGGGUUAGAUGUAUCCAUUGCCCCGGGGCAAGAACUUAGAAACUGUUUAAAGGGCAUUUUUAAUACGCUCCCAUUGAGCCUAAAGGAAUUUAUUGAAGGCAUUUUGUUCUUUCCUCCACUAAAGUUUUUGCAUAAUUGCUUAAAUCUUGUACCGAUAUUAAUUAUUGUAUCCUAUAGAGUGCUACGAUAUACAAUUUCUUUCAUUUUUGAAUCGCUGAAUUAUUUUCCUUAUUCUUGUCUUAUUAUUCUUCAAGCUUCAAUUGCCAUUGGGUUACUUUAUUUAAUCAUUGUGAUUUACAUCCUAAAAAUUGCUGGUGUCACAUUCCUUGUGAAACCAUUUCGAAAGUUUUACUUGCAUUUCAGAUCAUCCUCCGUUCUUCCUGUCAGCACUUGUCAAUUGGGUUGGUUUUGUUCGCAUAAUUUACUUGUUUGAGCCUGCUGUGCUUACAAGUCUCAUUACCUUCCUAUAGCAUCAUCGUUGACUCAUCUACUCUCAUAACCUUUUGGUAGCGUUGGACUGUUCGUCAGAUACGUGACUGAACCGUCAUUGUCGAUGGGUAAAGAAAAAAACAGUAACACAAUUAAUAUACUAGUUUCUUUCAUUUAAAGUUUACUUGACAGCCAUAUUCUUUGGAUUCCGAGGCUACGCUCCCCUCGUAAGAAUUUUCCUCUUCCUGAUCUUUUCUUCUUUGAAUUCCGAUAAAUAAAGAGGUCUUUUUCUUCUUUUCGAGGCUGGUAUCUGUUCAUUGGUUCUUUCCCUUUUUUGACAGAACGAUUGUGCUUGCUUCCUUGUAUACCGUUCUCUUCUCUGCAUAAGUAGUCCUUGGACGAAAUUGCAAUUACUUUACAAUACGCUGUGUUGUACUCCCCGUCUCUCUCUGUGUCUCCAUUUCUUCUGUUCGCCCUUUUUUGGUUUACUGCUGUUAUUUUUUGGGACCUUACUACGUCUAUCUCUUUGUCUCCCUUUGCGAAACGUUGAUUGUUUCUGCCUUUUCCAUAUUAUUCAGAGAUUUCCAUCGGAUUUUUCUUCCUUAAUUCACAUACUCCUACUUUCACUUUCUAUUGAUAUUACAUCCACGACUCCAUUACUUUUGCUUUAUCUUAAACCCUUUCUUUGUAUAACAGGAGACGUUUUGUUUUCCUUGUUUCCUUGAACUCUUUUUCCUCUAGACCUUUCUUCUCUAUGGAUCCUCACUGGAAGCAAUCAGACCCUAGCGGUCGGCCUCCUUCCUCUUCGUCAAGUCAGAAAAUGGGAGGUCUUGCUCCAAUCGCCCCAGAUGUAAUUCAAUCUCAAAUUGAGUAUUUACAGGCAUUGCAAAUGCAACAACAGUCUCUAACAGAAAGUGAAAAUUAUACGCAAGCAAACUUAACCUCUCCUUUCCAAGCAAAUCCUUUUUCCAAUACAAAAAAACGGGAAAGCUUGCUUUUACCAAGGCUUAAUCCUAUUGCUCCUAUCGGCGCACGUCAAAUGCAAUCUCCUACAAGCGGUGGUCCCUUAGGUCCCGCGGAGGUGCAGAGCCCUUCGGUUAAGACUCGGACAGAGUCCCUUUUUAGUCCUGCCAAGGAUACUUUUGAUACGUUUAGUCAAAGCAUACAAUCUACUAGUCAGCGUGCCAACAUGAUGGGUGGAAUGGGGGUAAUUCCCCCAACUCGUAUCAGAAGGCGUUCGUCUGUCGGAAACGAGUCAAUCUCUCCCGUAUCUCCGAAAAGUGCCAACUUUUUAACAUCCUUAAAACCAAUUGAAGGUAAUUUUGAAUGGCAACAGUCUCCCAUGGAAUCUCCUCUCUCUGCUCAUUCGCUUCAGGAAAGCAUUUACAUGGAACCGGAGUCACCAACGACGCAUGUCCCUACGCAUAUGCCUCUCUCCACUGCCUCUCAGCAAUCUUACAUAAAUCAUUCAACAGAUGGUGCCUCUCUUCCACAAAGUUCCUUUCUGAAUUUCAACAAUUCCGGGAAACGAGUUUCAGUUUCUGCAGCUGCUCAGCAACAUAAGAAUUUGUUUUUGCCUUAUUUACCUCAGGCUUCCCUUCCCAAAUUCAUAAGCACUGGAAGACUUCUUGUUGGAACAUUACAUAUUAAUCGCAAAAAUCGAUCCGAUGCAUAUGUUAUUACGGAUGCUCUUGAUGAGUAUAUAUUCAUUUGUGGAUCUAAAGAUCGAAACCGUACCUUGGAAGGUGACUUAGUUGCCGUGGAACUUCUUGAUGUAAAUGAAAUAAUGCAAACGAAACGAGAAAAAGAGGAAAAGAAAAUUCGUCGUAAUCUCUCUCUUUCGGGUACCUCCAAAUCUUCCGUAAACAGUAAAGCAAAAAUGAUGUCCAUAAGUACGCCAAUGGCUUUGGGAAUGAAUAAGGGAGCUUUGGCUUUCGAGCGAUCCAUUGAGAAGCGAAAGAACGAUUAUGAAGUAACCGGUCAAAGCCUUUCAUUUGUCGAUGAUAUCUCUUUAAAUCAAGAGAAUCUUCCUAGAUAUGCUGGUCAUAUUGUAGCAAUUCUUGAUCGUCCAAGCGGAGAUACCUGUUCAGGUACGUUGGCCUUGUAUCGACCAAAUAGUCUUGCAUCCAAAAACCAAUCGUCUCAUCGUCGAAACUCAUCAACUUCUAGUGGUGAAGGUGGGAAGGGACCAAAAAUAGUUUGGUUUAAACCUAGUGAUAAAAGAAUUCCUUUGAUUGCUAUUUCUAGUGAUCAGGUACCACCCAGAUUUUUUACUAAUAAUGAAGAAUUUAAGGAUCAAGUUUUCUUAGCUGGUAUCAAACGAUGGCCGACAACAUCUUUACAUCCGUUUGGUACGUUGUACGAAAGUAUUGGAAAAGUAGGUGAUCCAAAGGUUGAAUUUACUGCUAUUCUUCACGAUUAUAGUUGUCGUGUAUAUGAGUUCCCGGAAUCCCUCUCAUACAGUGUAAAACGUUUAUCUAGCCCGAUUCCUUCAGAAGAACUAAAGUCUCGCUAUGAUUUGCGAGAUAAACUAACGUUUAUGGUGGGAACUCGUGAUUAUGCAAUUCACAUUGACACUGGUUCAUCUGAAGGAAUCAUCAUUUUAGGGUUUCAUGUGACAGACGUUGCCAGCAGUAUUAAACAAGAUAUGCCCAUCGACGAUGAGGCUGCAAAUCGUGUUUCACAGGUACAGCUUGUGCAAGGCUCUGUCCCUUUCUUACCGAAAAGGGUUACUGAAGAGGUGUCUCUUAUUACGGGACAUGAUUGCUUAACAAUCAGUAUUGUUAUCCAGUUAGAUUUGAAAUCUGAAACUGUAAUACAAUGCUCUUUAGGACCUUCCGUAAUUUCUCCUUCAUCCUACAUUAGUCUCGAAACUGCACAGGCUAACAUGCAAUCGAAUGAAGCUCUUCAGUUACUGGAGAAAAGCGCCAAAGUAUUGACAAAACUGAGAUUACAAACGAAAAAGGAUGUAGAUUUGCAGUCACUUUAUUGUUUUGGAUUUCGUGAUGACCAACUCAGUAACAUUCAAGAGUUAAAUAUGAAUGUUUUUAAAGCUCCUCCAGUUGUUUGUGCUCUGCAGCAAAUUGAACACUGGAUCAAUGAGAAAACCGCUUCUCAUUUAAUGAGUAUAUUUCCGAACAAAGUUGUUUUGAGAAGAAACGCCCGUCCGAAGAAUUUGGACGCUGUUGUUCGUGCAGCGCAACGAGCAGGGCUACAUCUCACAGCAGAAUCUUCAUCUAUGGAAUUUAUGACCGCUUUAGCGACCACAAAUGAUAAGGAUCUUCAAAGAUUGCUGCAGUUGAAUUUAAAAAGACUCGCGUCAGAGUCUGAGUAUACCGUGGGUACAUCUAAUGAUAAAGAUGUAUCACAUUUUGCCUUUGCUAGUCCCUGCUACACUCAUUUUUGUCAUCCUACUCGUCGUUACAUCGACAUUUGUGUACAGCGUCAGCUUCAUGAAGCAUUUGAAGGUCGUCCAGAUUUUUCAAAGGACUAUAAGAGUUUACUCUCUGUCACACAGUCUUGUAACACAUUGAGCAAUUUUUACCGGUACGCUCAGGAGAAAAGUAUUCAUGCCAAGUUUUGCGAAGCAAGUCAAAUAAUCAAUUCUCGCUCCGGUCUUAUUGAGCAUAAAGCUAUUGUGAUUGCAACUGAUCAGUCUUACAUUGAUUUGGUUGUUUACGAAUUAGGUCUUGAAAGAAGGAUGUAUUUGGACCUUUUACCUCUCAACAGCUGCGAAUAUAAUGGUCACACUGAGGAAUUAACUUUUUCAUGGAGGAAAAACACUCCUUCUUUUUAUUAUGCCACUUCUUCUUUAGAAAUUGACAGUACAUGCUAUAAUGAUUUUAAGAAAAAAUAUUUGGAUUCCGGUGGAGUCUGUAAACAUGCUUGCAAUUUGAAAGGUUGUGGAUUGCAGGAUCUAAUUAAAAUUGCUGAAAGUGGCACUGGUGAGAGCUCUCGUGAUAAUUUGGAAUCGGAAGCAGCUCCAAAAUCUAACGAAGAUGCUGCGGUAGAACGGCUUCAAAGCUUGCGUAUAAAAGAGCCUGAAUUUGUACAAAAAAUUCGCCCUGGUCAGCAAGUGGAUGUCUUCAUGUUUGCUGACACUUCUUCUACGUAUUCACUUUCGUUAAUUACCUUAAAAAACCCUUUUUCUGAAUAGUUCAUUACUAUUCAGUUUGAUGCUAUACUAAUGUAUAAACGUCAAUGGUUUUUAUGCUUUUCCUUUUGUCAUUCGUGUUUUUAUAUGAUAGUAUAUUCCUUCUAAACGUUAUAAGGACCUUUACUCGUGUAAUGUUUUCGUCCUCUUUGAUUUCGUGUUUAUUAUUUCAUUUCUUUCAAAAGUUGUGCAUAUCUAUUUACGAACUGUAACUCUUUAAUGUCAAAGAUUAAUUUCUUCAGUUUUUUUUUUUUUUGUGCUGCUUUUGUUUUCUUUUGUCUCCGGUUGUUGUUAACGUCUUUGCUUCACAGCGCAUUUGUAUAUCAACAUUAUUAUCAAUUUAACUUUCCAAAGUAUUGGAUCACAUCGUCAAUAAUGUUUACCUCUUUAUGGUAUGGUAUGUAAUGGUUUAUAUGUUUGUUGUAUGAAACAUGCG